CGGGACCCCAAGCUCUGACUGAGCCUCGCCGCUUCGCUCCCUCCUGCCUCAGUCUCCCCGGAUCUCCGCCGUCCCCUCGGACCAGUCCUUCUGGGAUCCUCGCAGCAUCCCGUUCUAUCCUCCCUGCACAGCGGCCCCAACGCCACUCACUUUUUCCUGUGUGAUCAGGAGUGCGUUACUCACUCUUCCUCUUUGCCAACUCCUGGGCUCUGGGCCCCUGAGGGAGGGAAGGAGUCUCCUGAUCUACUCCCCUGCCCCGACCCCUCACGUCCUUCGCCCUUCACUGUCAGUCCGGCUGGGGAUGUCGCCCUCUGGUCGCCUGUAUCUCCUCACCAUCAUUGGCCUGAUUCUUCCCACCAGAGGACAGACAUUGGAGGGGACCCCGCCCAUUUCUCCAGUGGACUCAGCUACCAUGGCCAUAUCUGGCCUGACACCAGCCCCAGAUACAUCCUACCCAGAGCUUCAGGCCACCCCUGCGCCCCCAGCCGAGCCUGCUGAUGAAACAACACUAACGUCAGUCGAGGCCCAGACCCAGACCCAGCAAACGAUGGAAGUGGAUGGACCUCUAAUGACAGAUCCAAGGAUCCACAAGAGCACCAAGGAAGCCACAACGAUGGUUCCCAAGAGAAUGUCUACCCGCGCAGACCCUCAGACCUUCAAGCCACCUGGUCCAGAUGAGGACAACCCCUUCUUCUAUGAUGAAAACACUCUCCGGAGACGGGGGCUAUUGGUGGCAGCUGUACUGUUCAUCACAGGCAUUGUCAUCCUCACCAGUGGCAAGUGUAGGCAGCUGUCCCAGUUAUGCAGGAAUUAUUGCAGGUGAGUCCAUCAGAAGUAGGGGCUGGCACCCCAAGACUGAGCCCUCCACCAGCUCACCAUGCCCAGCCUCCUCCCUCCCCUCGAAGAGCCUCCAGAAUGGUCAGUAUAAGAAGCCCAGCCUGAGGGGAAGACACAGAUGCCUGGACCCGGAGUUGGGGCUGAUGGCCCGAGUCCCCUGCCUUCCCCACCUUUGCCACCUGGAAGGCUGCUGGGUUCCCUGGCCACUGCCCCUCCAAUUAUCUGCCCUGUUCAGACCAAAAUAAAGCACAGUGGAUCUUC